ACAUCUUAAGUUUCUCUCUGUACAAGGAAAAAAGAAAUAAUCAUUAUGAAGCACUUGGUGUUUAUGAUGUGCCUGCUGGUCACUACCUUGGCUGCUCCUGUUCCUGAGAGUGAAAGCAAUGAGGAAAAACAGGUUGCAGCACAUGCUAAUGAUGCCCUGAGGUGGAUGGAGAUGUACAGGCUUUACCAGCAGCAGGGAGUAGUUGGAAACCCCUUCCUGCCUGCUGCUGAUGCUCCUGCAGAUCCAGCUGCGGCAGCAGCGGUGGAUGCUGCACCAGCCCAGCCAGCUGAUGUCGCCCCUCCAGCUCCCGUGGCUGCUGGAGACGCAUCAGAGGAGGAGACAGAGGAUGACAAUCCGGCCCCCAAAGCUGCAUCACCUGGUGCUCCUGCUCCCCCCCUAAACUCUGAUGAGGUAGAGGAGGCAGAGGAAGUGGAGGCAGCUGAGGCGGCAGCAGCAGAGCCGGCAGCAACAGAGCCGGCAGCAGCAGAGCCGGCAGCAGCAGAGCCGGCAGCAGCAGAGCCGGCAGCAGCUGUUGAGCCAGCUGGCGCAGCACCAGUAGAUGCUGCAGUUGUGGAUGCGCCUCCUGUUGAUGUGGUUCCUGUUGACAUUGCCACUGCAGCUACUGAGGUGGCUGUCGAUGGGGUGGCCCCUGCCGCAGCCGAUGUCCCUGCUGCUCUUGAUGCCGGUGCUGCUGAUGCCGGUGCUGCCCCACUGGCAGCUGAGAUUGACACAACUGGUGUGGCAGCAGAUCCUGCUGUAGUGUAGUUAUCUUCCUCUUAUUCCCAGCCUAAGUGCUUUCUCUGUUAGCAUUAACAGCGAUAGCUGGAAAUAAGCAACGGGAUGUGUAUGCCGUGCAAAAGGUUGAACAAGCUGUGGCAUAUUGAAUUGAGACUGAAGAAAAACUAUUAAAGUGUGUUUUUAUUUCAGAAUUGGACAAUUAAAACAUUUUGUUGUGUUCUUAUUCCUGUCUUCAAUUAAA